CUUGUCCCAAGUUCCCAACCGGCAAGCCCUUCGACCGAAUUCGCAGUUCGCUUCCAAUCCAAAGCCCAUUUCCCACACCGCAAAGCCCACAAUGUUCACAACCAUAUUAGCCGGCAGAACAGCACCUCUCGCCGCAACGCGGUCCCGAGCGGUCCCCCGGGUCGCAACGCGCGCAGCGCAGGCCGCGAUCAGUCUCCAUGUCGCCGGAUACGCUUCCCAGGUCAAGCCCAUCGAGCGCAUCGCGGUCGUCGGUUCCGGUCUGAUGGGCGCUGGAGUCGUCCAAGUCGCCGCCCAAGCAGGCUUGCACGUCUACAUGGUCGACUUGAACGACGAGUCCUUGCGCAAGGGCGAGAAGAUCAUCACCUCGUCCCUGAAACGUGUCGCGAAGAAGAAGUUCGGGGGCGAUGCGGAGGGAGCAGACGCACGAGCGUACAUCGACGAUGUCAUGUCCCGCGUGAAGCUGUCCAAGGACUCGGCCGCCGCUGCGAGCGACUCCCAGCUGGUCGUGGAGGCCAUCGUCGAGAACUUGCAGACCAAGCAGGCGCUGUUCCGAGGCCUGGACAAGGCUGCACCCGCGGAAACGAUUUUUGUCAGCAACACGUCCUCUCUGCCCAUCGGCGACAUUGCUUCUGCGACGGGAGCGGCCCGCCAAGCUCAGUUCGCAGGCAUGCACUUCUUCAACCCGGUGCCACAAAUGAAGCUUGUCGAAAUCAUCCGGACGCCUCAAACAUCCGAUGCUGUGUUUGAUGCCUUGGUUGCCGUUACAAAGAAGAUCGGAAAGGUCCCAGUUGCAUGCAAAGAUACUCCCGGCUUCAUCGUCAACCGUCUACUCGUUCCCUACAUGAUGGAAGCCCUUCGCCUAGUAGAACGCGGCGACGCAUCAAAGGAGGACGUCGACACCGCAAUGAAACUGGGAGCAGGAUACCCCAUGGGGCCCUUCGAGUUGCUCGACUACGUUGGUCUGGACACCACAAAGUACAUCACAGAUGGGUGGUAUCAGUUUGGGAAGGGUUUGAAGGGGGACAAAUUGGUCGGACCGUCGUCGCUGCUGGACAAGCUUGUAGAGGAGAAGAAACUUGGGCGGAAGUCUGGGGAAGGCUUCUACUCCUAUCAGGGGGUGGGUGCCGAUAAGGGCAAGCGUUAAGCUCUGCUUGCUUUACAAUCAACCCAUUUCGGAAUAUGAUUUCAUAGAUUGACA